CAAAAGACUUUAAAGCCAAGCCUAUUGAGGGUACGGGUUCUUGCCAUACUGAACCCAUUCGAUCUAGAUUCAUCAUCAUCCACAUACCUAGCUAACAUGGCAACGACCAAAGUAAGCCUGAAGCUUUUCAUAGACAAGAAGGGCCGACGGGUGCUCUUUGCUGAAGCAGACAAAGAAUUUGUUGAUUUCCUCUAUAGCAUUUUCACUCUGCCGGUCGGAGCUGUCACGAGCCUUCUUAAAGAGGGAGGCGGCAUGGUAGGCAGCUUGCCAAGCCUCUACCAGACAUUUGAAAAUCUGAGUGAAACUCGCAUAUUCCAACCAGACAAAAACAAACGCUUCCUGUUAGAACCCAUGGUAUUCAUGCCUGGUGCUAAAGUCCCUCUUCUAUUGCCCAACGUUGGGUCAACGACAACAUUCCGCCAAUUUUAUAGGUGUUCUGCGAACUCCUACGUGGGUUGUAGAAAUUACGUGGCUGAUGACAAUAGCACAGUUUGUCCUCAGUGCAAGUCUAAGAUGAACUGUCUAGUGACAUUCCUAGAGCCAACAAGCGCAAUCGGGGAAUCCUCCACUAGUGAGGAAGAUUACGUGAAACGGACGGCUACAUACAUGGUGAUGGAUGAUAUGGAGGUGAAGCCCUUGUCCUCCACCACUCUUAUCCCUCUGCUUACCAAGUUUAAUGAUACAAAUGAUAUUGAGGAGAAAGUGGUCGAUGUGGGCAUGGAUGAGGGUGUGAAAUUGCUUCAAGCUUCUUUCCAAUCAAAGACUGUUUUGACUGACGACUUCCUUCCGGCAGAAAUCACAAAAACUGAUGAGGAGUCAAUUAUUAAGAGUCGGGACUUACCCGACCAGAUCGGUGGUCCUAUUUGGAUCGAAAUUUAGCCGAAAUCGGUUUCGAAAUUUGUUCGGUUAAGUCAGUAAAUUCGAUUCGGUUAAAGUUAACUUUAUCGGUAGACGGUAGUCAAAUAAUUUGCCAUCCCUAACCAUCUAAUUGAUUAAUUCAAGAGGAUGUAAUCCUAAAUCAAGGGAUUGGUGGGACUGGUUGAUGCGAAGGAAUCAUGAGAUUAUAGCAAUUAAGGCAAUGUUGAAAAUGUGUGGUGUAUUUCUAUCUAGGUGCAAGAGCUCGGAACUCUGAGGCACAAUAGUUGGUUUGGCAAAUUAAAAUUGUUUUCAAGAAAAAAAAAAAAAAAACAAUUUUCUUUGUUUUUA